AUGAACCUCCAGGCCCAGCCCCGGGGUCAGAACAAGCGGAAGCGCUGCCUCUUCGGGGACCAGGAAGCCGCCGCCGCCAAGGAGCAGCCGCCCCCGGCCCUGCAGGCCCCGGCGGCGCAGCCCCCGGCCCCGCCCCCGCCGCCCGCCCGCGGGAAGGAGGAGCCUUACUUCGGCCACGAGGGCCCCACGGGGGCCGCCCCGGCCUCCCAGCCCGUGGAGCUCCCCAACAGCCUGGCCCUGCUGAACUCGGUGGUGUACGGGCCCGAGCGGACCUCGGCGGCCAUGCUGACCCAGCAGAUGGGCUCGGGCCCCGUCAAGUGGCCCAACGCGGUGAUGGCUCCGGGGCGGGGCCCGGAGCGCGGCGGGGGCGCGGGCGGCGGCGACAGCGGCUGGCAGCAGCAGCCCGGCCAGCCCCCGCCCCACUCGUCGUGGAACUGCCACAGCCUGCCCGUCUACGGCGGGCACAAGGGGAGCCCCCACCCGGGCAUGGUCUCCGCCUACUACAGCCACCCCGACGCGCUGAAGCGGGAGAAAGGAGGGGGCGCCCAGCUGGACCGCUACGGGAACGGCGUGCGGCCCGCGAUGCCGCCGCAGAAGGCGCAGCAGGAGGCGGGGCGGCCCCAGGCGCCCUUGAACUCGUUCCACGUGGCCAAGAAGCCCCCGAACCAGGCGCUGCCCCUGCAGCCUUUCCAGCUGGCGUUCGGCCACCAGGUGAACCGGCAGGUGUUCCGGCAGGGCCCGCCGCCCGCCAACCCCGUGGCCGCCUACCCGCUGCAGAAGCAGCAGCAGCAGCAGCCGCCGCCGCCACAGGCAGGCCUGCCCCAGAUGCCGCUCUUCGAGAACUUUUACCCCAUGCAGCAGCCGCCCUCCCAGCAGCCCCAGGACUUCGGCCUGCAGCCGGCGGGGCCGCUGGGGCAGCCCCACCUGGCGCACCACCACGGCAUGGUGCCCUACGCCUUCCCCCCCAACCCCGACCUGAACCCAGAGCUGCGCAAGGCCCUCCUGCAGGAGUCCGCCCCGCAGGCCGUGCUACCUCAGGCCCAGAUCGCCUUCCCCCGCCGCUCCCGCCGCCUCUCCAAGGAGGGCGUCCUGCCGCCCGCCGCCCUGGACGGGGCUGGGACCCAGCCGGGGCAGGAGCCCGCCGCCGCCGCCGCCGCCGCCGCCAACCUGUUCCUGCAUCAUCACUGGCCCCCGCACCAGCCGCCGCCGCACGGCCCCCUGGGGCAGCCCCAUCCCGAAGCGCUGGGCUUCCCGCUGGAGCUGAGGGAGGCGCAGCUGCUGUCCGAUGGGGAGAGACUGGCCCCCAACGGGCGGGAGCGGGAGGCCCCCGCCGUGGGCGGCGAGGAGGGCAUGCGGGCCGCGGGCGCGGGGGACUGCGGGCAGGUGCUCCGGGGCGGAGUGAUCCAGAGCACGAGGAGGCGGCGCCGGGCGUCCCAGGAGGCCAACCUGCUGACCCUGGCCCAGAAGGCAGUGGAGCUGGCCUCGCUGCAGAACGCAAAGGAUGCCAACGGCUCGGAGGAGAAGCGGAAGAGCGUGCUGGCUUCCACCACCAAGUUCGGGGUGGAGUUUUCCGAGCCGUCCUUAGCUGCCAAGCGAGCCCGAGAGGACAGCGGGAUGGUGCCCCUCAUCAUCCCCGUGUCCGUGCCGGUGCGGACCGCGGACCCCGCCGAGGCGGCCCAGGCCGGGGGCGCGGACGAGGACGGGAGGGGCCCCGAGCACAACCCCGCGGAACACAAGGCGUCCGUCAUCGUCACCCGCCGGCGGUCCACCCGGGUCCCCGGCACCGACGCCCCGGCUCAGGCCGAAGACAUGAACGUCAAGCUGGAGGGGGAGCCUUCGGUGCGGAAACCCAAGCAGCGGCCGCGGCCCGAGCCCCUGAUCAUCCCCACCAAGGCGGGCACGUUCAUCGCCCCUCCCGUCUACUCCAACAUCACCCCGUACCAGAGCCACCUGCGCUCUCCCGUCCGCCUGGCCGACCACCCCGCCGAGCGCAGCUUCGAGCUGCCGCCCUACACGCCGCCCCCCAUCCUCAGCCCCGUGCGGGAGGGCUCCGGCCUCUACUUCAACGCCAUCAUGUCCACGAGCAGCAUCCCGGCCCCGCCUCCCAUCACGCCAAAGAGUGCCCACCGCACGCUGCUCCGGUCCAAUAGUGCUGAAGUCACCCCACCUGUCCUCUCGGUGAUGGGGGAAGCCACCCCUGUGAGCAUCGAGCCACGGAUCAACGUAGGCUCCCGGUUCCAAGCUGAAAUCCCCUCCAUGAGGGACCGUGCCCUGGCCGCCGCAGACCCCCACAAGGCCGACCUGGUGUGGCAGCCGUGGGAGGAGCUGGAGAGCAGCCGGGAGAAGCAGAGGCAAGUGGAAGACCUGCUGACAGCCGCCUGCUCCAGCAUUUUCCCUGGAGCUGGCACCAACCAGGAGCUGGCCCUGCACUGCCUGCAUGAGUCCAGGGGAGACAUCCUGGAAACGCUGAAUAAGCUGCUACUGAAGAAGCCCCUGCGGCCCCACAACCACCCACUGGCAACGUAUCACUACACAGGCUCAGACCAGUGGAAGAUGUCGGAGAGGAAGCUGUUCAACAAGGGCAUUGCCAUCUACAAGAAGGAUUUCUUCCUGGUGCAGAAGCUGAUCCAGACCAAGACGGUGGCCCAGUGUGUGGAGUUCUACUACACCUACAAGAAGCAGGCGAAGAUCGGCCGCAACGGGACGCUCACCUUCGGCGACGACGCGGGUGACGACAAGUCAGUCCAGGACGAGGUGGAGGUGGACAUUAAGACUUCCCAGAAGUUCCCCAGGGUGCCUGCUCCCAGAAGAGAGCCCCCCAGUGAAGAGAGGCUGGAGCCCCGGAGGGAAGGAAAGGAGCCCGGGAAGGAGGGGGAGGAGGAGGUGCCCGAGAUCCAAGAGAAGGGGGAGCAGGAAGAGGGGCGAGAGAGAAGCCGGCGGGCCGCGGCUGUCAAAGCCACACAGACACUACAGGCCAAUGAGGCGGCCAAUGACAUCCUCAUCCUCCGAAGCCAUGAGCCCAACGCCCCCGAGUCUGCCGGCGGCCAGGCCUCGGAGAAGCCGAGGGAGGGGCCCGGGAAGCCACGGAGGACACUGCCUUUCCCAGAGAAGAAGAAAAAAGCGGAGGCAUUUAAUAAAACCCAGAAUCAGGAGAACACGUUCCCGUGUAAGAAAUGUGGCAGGGUGUUCUACAAGGUGAAGAGCCGCAGCGCCCACAUGAAGAGCCAUGCGGAGCAGGAGAAGAAGGCUGCAGCCCUGAGGCAGCGGGAGAAAGAGGCUGCGGCCGCCGCGGCCGAGGCCGCCGCCUCCCCCCACCAGACGGAAAGCGCCGGGGAGAGGGGCUGA